GAGUUGAACAACGGCGAGGAAAGGGAGGUCGGCCGGCGGUACCGAGGGUCACAGGGAUGUACAGUAAACACAGGCAGAAAAAUGCCCAAAUAUCACCGGCAAAAUGUGGACGUUUGCUCCUUUUUCUUUCUUUUCUGUUGCUGAACGGCAUUGUGGCAGGAGCCAGCGGAGACACUGGAGAAGAAGGACUGAGGAGGGGAAGGAUAGUGACGGCAAAGUGGCUUUCUCAAGGCCGAAUCAAGAGGGAGGCUGAAACCUUGACACAGGUAGAGUACCCAGUCAGAGGGGAAAUAGUGCUCUCAUCCAAUGACCUCCAACUGGUGCUACAAGUUGAACAUAAUCACGAGCUUUUAGGUCCAGACUUCACAGAGACCUACUACAAAGAAGAUGGGCAGCCAGUGACUGUGACCAAUCUGAAUUACACUGAUCACUGCUUCUACCAAGGCCAUGUAAGAGGACAUCCGGAGUCCUGGGUAGCUCUCAGCACAUGCUCAGGAGUCAGGGGCCUGAUAUCCUUGAAUUCUAGUGACACAUACUACCUGGAGCCAAUCAGUGGUAUGGAUCCUCUUCACCAUUCACUGCUGAAUGCUAAGGAACUGCCAAUUAAAGGCGGAAACUGUGGCCACAGCCAUAACACCGCACAUUCCAACCAUAUCUUUGACCUGCUCAGACCAUUUCAUUUAAGGGUUAAAAGGAACACCUGGGGUACAACCAAGUACAUGGAGCUGUACAUCGUGGCUGACAAUACACUGUUUAAACGGCAGAAUAAGGACUAUGAGAAGACCAAGGCGAGGAUAAUGGAAAUUGCGAAUUAUGUGGAUAAGUUCUACAGGGCUUUGAACAUCCGUGUGCCUCUGAUUGGUCUGGAGGUUUGGAAUGACAGGGAUCAGUGUAUUGUCACAGAGGAACCAAACGCCACCCUCUGGUCUUUCCUACAGUGGAGACAGAAGCUGAAAUCCCGCAAAAAACACGACAACGCGCAGCUGCUCACCGGUGUGAUUUUCAAGGGGACAACUAUUGGGAUGGCCCCGCUGGAGGGGAUGUGCAGCCUGGAGAACUCUGGAGGCAUCAACGUGGACCACUCUGAGCUGUCCAUUGGCGCCGCAGCCACUAUGGCCCACGAGAUUGGCCACAAUUUUGGUAUGAGCCACGACCACGAGGGCUGUUGUGUCGAGGCUACCGCUGAGCAGGGAGGCUGUGUGAUGGCUGCUGCCACUGGGCAUCCAUUCCCACGAGUCUUCAGUCGCUGCAGUGUACGUGACCUGGACAGCUACUUCCAGAAGGGAGGGGGCAUGUGUCUUUACAACAUGCCCAACAUGAAGGACCUGGUGGGGGGCAAGAAGUGCGGCAACGGCUUCGUGGAGGAUGGAGAAGAGUGUGAUUGUGGAGAACCUGACGAAUGCACCAAUGACUGCUGCAAUGCCAAUAACUGCACCUUGAAGGAGGAGGCUCAGUGUGCCCAUGGAGUGUGCUGCGAGGGCUGCAAAUUGAAGCAGGCAGGUACCAUGUGCCGGGGCCCGGCGGGGGCAUGCGACCUACCAGAGUACUGCACCGGGGCCUCUCCUUACUGUCCUGCCAACGUCUACCUGCUGGACGGCUCCUCCUGUCAGUAUGGUCUGGCCUACUGCUACAACGGCAUGUGCCUCACCCACGAACAGCAGUGCCUGCAGCUUUGGGGCUAUGGAGCUCGACCAGCACACGAUGUCUGCUUCGAAGAUGUCAAUGCAGCAGGAAACGCAUUUGGAAACUGUGGGAAAGAUGAACAUGGCAACUACAUGAAGUGUGAGAAAAGCGAUGCCAAGUGCGGUAAAAUCCAGUGCCACAGUGCUGCCAAGAAGCCCAAAGGCACUAAUGCCGUAUCCAUUGACACCACCAUCAAGACGGGUGGCAUCGAGGUGAAGUGCCGAGGUACCUACGUCUACAGCACACAGGACGGCCAAGGCGACCUGCCUGACCCCGGCCUCGUGAUGACUGGUACCAAGUGUGGAAAUGGCAAGGUGUGCAGAGACCGAAGAUGCCAAGAUGCCUCUUUUACUGAGCUGGAGACUUGCAUUGCACGCUGUCACGGCAAUGGGGUGUGUAACAGUAAUGGGAACUGCCACUGUAAUCGAGGCUGGGCACCACCUUUCUGUGAGAAGCCGGGACUCGGUGGCAGUGUGGACAGUGGACCUAUCCAGUAUGACAGUCAGGUUGGGCUGGUGGUGGGGCUGCUGUUUGCCUUCCUGGUGGUCCUGCCUGCAGCGCUGCUGCUCUUCUACUGCUACAGGAUCAAGACUUCCUAUUACCAUAAGUGGCUUUCCCAGAGAGAGAAGAACAAGAGCAACAAGACGGAGGCAACAGUGGAGAAAGGGAAGAACGGCCAUCUGAAUCCUGCCUUUCACCUUAAGGUUGUAGGACCAAUCAACAAAGCUAGCAGCCACAAGGGGCUUCCUCACACCAGCAAAGAGGUCCUGCCUCUCAGACCAGGCCUGGCACCCAAUGGCAACCAGCCAGUCAACAUUGUGCGACCUCUAAGACCGGCCCCAUCUCCCCAGGGUGGUCCCCAGGACCUCAAGGCAGUUCGCCCGCCCCUGCCAGCUGGCAAGCCCCCAACGGCCCCAUCCAAAUCCGCCCUGAGCCCACAGAGACUCAGCCCGCCCAAGAAACCUCUGCCCCUCAACCCAACACGAUCUCCACUGUUGGUAUCUCAGCUGCAGUCCAAACGGUGCCCCUUUCCUCCUCAGAGGCCUCUCCCCCUCAGCCCAGCCAGAGGAACCUCCCCCACAGUGAGUCCACCCCUGACUGCGGUUUCCAAACCCUCUCCAGGUCUGCUGGUCAUGAUGCCCCCAGCGGUGGGACCCAAACCUGUGGGGAAAGUCUCUGCCAUCCCCCCUCUCAGAGCUCUCAGACCAGUCCCAGGUGCCAAACCAAACACAGCCUCGACUCCACCGCGAAAAUGACCUUCACCUCCCCCCUCCGCCCUCUGCGGAGGCAGCAGCUGACAGCCUAUUUGCACUAAAGAGACUUUGGCUGGUAAAUCACAGAGCUGUUGCACUCACCAGAGGAGGACAAACACAAAGUUAAUACAAGAGACACAAAAGAACAAACAGGAUUCAUACCAGUUUAGACUUCAAAAUGAAACCUUAAGCCCUCUCUCCCCUUUCAAUUUUGACCCCCCGCCCUCCAACAUUCUCUGCUCAGCGCGCUAACAUUAACCACAUCGACGCGGUUUUGCACGGAGGCCUUGCAGACUGAGACAAGUGUUAUCGCUGGGGGACGGUCACAUUGGCCAAAUCAGUUUUUUUAAGAUUGUUUGGUUUUUUUUAAUCUGUUAAUGCUGUCUGUGUAUAAAAAAUGCAUUUUGUAAUGACUGCUAUUUUGUUUACAGUUUGUUUUAUGUCACGUUUUAUGAUUUGUGUUAUGUGCCAAAGAGGUCUCUUCAUACCUGGGGUGUGUCCCAAAUGCUUGAAAAUCUCCUUUGUUUAAGUUUACCAUAAGUCAACUCCUCCAUAUUUGCAGGUUUUAUAAUUUAUUGUAUGUAUGAGGGAAUGUCUAAAAUACAACCUGGAGAUGCAGAGGCCUAUCGGGGGAGAGCCAAUCAGAUAGCAGCUUCUUCUCAACACUGUUUACAUGGUGGAGGACUCAAUACUUGGGGCUUGCAGGACACACCCCAGUCGCUCAUGUAGAUUUGAAUGUCUUUUGCUGUGUGUUAUGACUUUUAAAUUGUUACAUAAAAU